CACCUUACGUUUAUUAGCAGAGGCGGGGCAGGUGAAGUUGGAAAGUCAACGCUAGUGUUUCUCUCGGUGCUACUGUGUGUAACUAGCAUGCGAAAGAUGCUGUCCGUCAUUUCUAAUGUGUUUAAGAGCAGUGCCGGCAGAAAUGGAGCUGCAUCUGAGGUUGCCCGUGUCGUGGCGUCACGCACCUAUGCUGAUUUUACAACCGAAGCCACCUUUGAUGUGAAGAAAUGUGACACCCAUCGUCUGGAUGACGCCCCCCCCACCAAGUCGGUGCUGACCCGGGAUGACGGUCUGAAGUACUACAGGACCAUGCAGGUGAUUCGCCGCAUGGAACUCAAAGCAGACCAGCUCUACAAGCAGAAGAUCAUCCGUGGAUUCUGCCACUUGUACGAUGGCCAGGAAGCUUGCGCUGUUGGUAUUGAGGCUGGGAUUAACGUCACAGAUCACUUGAUCACAGCAUACCGAGCACAUGGGUUCGCGUACACUCGCGGGGUGCCUGUCAAGGAGAUCCUGGCUGAGCUCACUGGAAGAAGGGGAGGCUGUGCCAAAGGAAAGGGAGGCUCCAUGCACAUGUAUGCCAAGAACUUCUAUGGUGGCAAUGGCAUUGUAGGAGCACAGGUACCCCUGGGGGCUGGUGUGGCAUUGGCCUGUAAAUACCUGGGCACUGACCAGGUCUGUGCCGCUCUGUACGGAGACGGUGCAGCUAAUCAAGGUCAGAUCUUUGAAGCCUACAACAUGGCAUCUCUGUGGAAGCUGCCCUGUAUCUUCAUCUGUGAGAAUAACAAGUAUGGCAUGGGCACAUCAGUGGAGCGUGCAUCUGCCAGCACAGAGUAUUACAAGAGAGGGGACUUCAUCCCUGGACUCCGGGUGGAUGGUAUGGAUAUUCUCUGUGUAAAGGAAGCUACAAAAUUUGCCGCAGACCUCUGUAGAGCUGGGAAGGGCCCUAUUGUGAUGGAACUGCAGACUUACCGUUACCAUGGACACAGUAUGAGCGACCCUGGGGUCAGUUAUCGUACUAGAGAGGAAAUACAGGAAGUGAGAAGCAAGAGUGAUCCCAUCUCUCUGCUGAAGGACAGGAUGCUGAGCAACAACAUGGCCAGUGUGGAGGAACUGAAGGAGAUUGAUGUUCAAGUGAGGAAGGAGAUUGAAGAGGCUGCACAGUUUGCCACCACUGACCCCGAGCCUCCUCUGGAGGAUCUGUGUAACCACAUCUUCUACAACGACGUACCAUUGGAAGUGCGUGGCACCCUGCCCUGGGUGAAACUGAAGUCUGUCAGCUAAGCGAUAAGACACGCUCCCGAUGCAACUCUGCAGCAGUUAUUGCCUUCUGACCCUUUUGAGGACUAAAAAUAACAUUCUGUUCAAAUUGUUAUCUUAACUUAUUUAUGUGUUUUGUAAAUGUAAAAUUUUAGUGUUAACAAUUAAGACCUUAAAUUCACCCCCUCUGCACAAACUAACCUGCAAUUUCUGUCCUGUACUAUCCUAUAUGGAUAUUGAGUAAAGGGUGAUUGAUUAUUGAUUGGUUAUUGCUUUUCCUACUGGAUGUAGGUCUUGCUAACAGGUGAGCAAACAAGAUGUGAAACUACUGGCCCUAAUCAUUGCAUUUAUGAUGCUGCAAAGUUCACAGGGUUAAGUCUGAUAGGGAGACAAUGUUAGUUUCUAUCAAACAACUAGCCUUGGGUGGGGAGGGGCAGUCCAAUCUGGAACUGGUUCUCUGUAAAUACAUAGUUAUAAAGAAACUGCCCAAGUGUUUUGUGACAGGAAUGCUGAAUGAAGUUUAUAUUUAACAAGUUUAAUAGUGGAGGCAUGCCUUGGUUAAAGCUCUAACAUGUCGGUCAAAUAUUAACCUUCAUUUGACAUUCCCAGCAGAUGUUAUGGACAGGGGUGGUUACUUGAUAACAACCAUGUACGUUUACACACCUAGCCAACAAAAUGUUGUUUUUCUUUAAAAAGGGUUUAAUUUGGUGGUUGAUGGAGAUGUAACACGUGUUGGGUGCUUUCAGUUUCCAGUCUGCUUUGUUUGUACAGUCUGAAACAAAUAAACGGUCAAAAUAA